UGCCGUCCCUGCACCAGUAUUAUUGCCAUUCGCUUCAGCCUUCAGGACGACUGAUCAAUUCCACAUUCGUUGUUGAGAGGAAGUGCUGUCGGCGUCGGCGUCCAGAGAGCAACUGCAAUCCAGAAGCCAGCAGAAGCUGAGCACACAGUGAGGACACAGUACCACCACCACCACCGCCGCCGCCGCCGCCGCCGCCGCCACCACCAGCGAACUCUCACGAGAGAACCGGCGGCUCUACUGGGAUCGCGCAACACCCAGCAUCUGCCCCAAGAGGGCUCUGGCCACCAGCAUCUCUACCGCCCAACAUGGCAUACCGCAUGUCUACCUACUCUAAUAACUCGUCCGCUCCCCCACCACCGACGAACACGAUGCAGCAGAGCACCGCACACGUCAGCACCACCACCCUGCUCAAUUCAUUGCACAGCGCAUUUUCAUCCGGUCAGUCGUAUGCGCUGGAAUCGAGCGCCAGUCUGGUCGUCAACACCUGGGUGACCGGCUCGAGUACUGGUCCAGAUGGCAGAUAUGGGGGCACAAUCGACUCAGAUCUGGCCCGAAGGACCUGGGAACAUGCGCGACGUCGAGCAGAAGACGCUUGCAUAAUAUUGGGUUCUCUGCACCACUCAACUCCCUCCCUUUUCGCUCCGUUUGCCUCCGCCCUCCCCCUUUCCGUGCCCGGCACCUUCUACACCGCUCUUAAUGCCAUACGGCCAUUCUUACACUGUCUGACCCCCUUUAAUCCCUCCUUGCCUCGCUACUCCGGACUGGCCGCCAUUUUCACCCUCGCAUUGACUGGAGAGAUCACCGGCGCUUCUCUCAGCCUUUCGUCAUCCGGCAUUGACACUCAAACCGGUUUGCUCAACAUUCCCGCAGAAUCAGGCUACAGGGCUUUUGAUGUCUUCUAUUAUCUUCUCACCUCACAGAGUGAGCAGGAGAGGGAAUUCUUGGGCCUGAAAUCACCCAACCAAUACGCUCUGCUGAGGAAGUCCGACACGUAUAGAGCACCUUCGUAUCUUCCAACAGCCGACGACACUGCCGCCGCCGAAGACUUUCGAGAAUCGCUCAAGGCUAUUGGUAUCAAGGGUAAGGCCCUGCGAAAUCUGCUCUCCGUCCUUGCCGCCAUACUCCGCCUCGGUGAUGCGAUAGGAUUCCUCGUCGACCAGGAAGAGCUAGAGUCAAAUUGUGAGCAAGUGGGAGAAUUGCUGGAUCUCGAUCCAGAAGUGCUUCUCAAGAAAUGCGCCACGGACGAGCGACAAGUCUUGAUGGCGGCAAUCUAUGAAGCAGUCGUGGACUGGGUCAUCAUGCAGGCCAACGAGACCAUCAGAAAUGAGAUAAGGAAUGGAAGCGCUCUCGCAUCGUCCAGUGGCAGUGAAAAUGGUGCUGCGACGCCUUCCAGCGGCCACGACGACGUCGAUAGCGUCAGCAUCACUCUCAUUGAGAUUCCAAGCCAGACUCUCGGCAAGGCCGUUUGUCUCAAGACAAUCUUCGACGACAGCACCGGCAUCAACGCCGAGAUGAAGGAAGACGGUGUACCGAUCGUGCCAGCUGGGUCUUCCGUCAUCAGAGAGAUGAAGGAUUCCGUGUCCCAGGCUGAGGCAGAUCUGAACAUCCCUGGUGGUCCAGCCGCCAGAGAGCGUGAAAUGGAACUGGACCGCAGACAGCGCGUGCUGGAGAAGGUCGGAAUCGAGACUGAUGACGACAGCUUUUUAAGGCAACUUUUGUACCCAAUUGCUGGCCACGGAAUCUCACUGGGAAAGACUGGUCGCUUUGAGCUCAUGGAUGUGCUGGGCAGCAGCCGAGUGUGGUUUCAGCUGUGCUUGCACCCGAGUGACGAGUCGCCUGCGAAUCUCGCAAAUCACGUACCGGGAAGCUUUCCAUGGUCCGCAGGCUCGGUUUCGAGCCAAAUCCGUGCUUGGAGACUACCAGAAUGGGCAAACUUCAGGAACAAGCAACUCGACUUCACCGCUGAUUUUGAUGUGGAAGAGUUUGUCGACCGCUAUCGCCGCUUGGGAUGCAUGGACGGCAAGGACGGAGUCGAAAGCUGGAUACUUGAGCGUGGUUGGAGCAACGGCGAGGUCAUUGUUGGUCACGAGCGCAUUUGGAUGCGUGAAGCAGCCUACUGGGAAGCCGAGAGCAUGCUCGACAUGAAACCAGCAGACGAUAUGGCCGGCUCUGGCAUGCUUGGCGGCAUGGUAGGUGCUGCUGGCAUGGAUGGCUACGGCGCCCAUUCUCCUCUGGCGGCCGCCACAGAGAAUAACUUUGGCGGCUUCGACGAUGGCAGUCGCUCAACGCUGGCUCGUAACCCAAGCCACGUUGCUCCAAGUAGGAUGGGAGCAAAGAGUCUCGCACCAACCCAGGCUCACACGAUCCGUAGUAUCAGCGGAGGUGACUACGGUCUCGGCUUCAAGGGCGACGACAAGCGCAACUACAUCGGCUUCGAGGGAGAGAUUGACGGCGAACUGGCCGAAGGCAAAGAGCUCGAGAUCCUCCCUGUCACCAGAGGCCGACGUAUGUGGGUGAGCCUUGUUUGGGCCAUGACUUUCUGGAUACCCUCACCACUUCUCACCCACCUCGGCCGCAUGAAGCGUCCCGAUGUUCGCAUGGCUUGGCGAGAGAAGCUGGCGUUGGUGAUACUUAUUUUCUUGAUGAACGGCAUAGUGGUCUUCUAUAUCAUAGGAUUUGGCAAGCUCCUUUGCCCCAACCGUGACAAGGUAUGGUCUCGCAAGGAAGUCUCUUAUCACCAGGGGGAGAACGACUACUAUGCAUCCUUCCGAGGAGGCGUUUACGAUCUUACCAAGUUCUACAAACUCCAGCACUCGGAUACUUCGAUCGAAACGACGACCACUAACAUGGAACCAUUUGCGGGAGCUGACGUGACAGAGUAUAUCGUGCCACCUCUCACGCUUGCUUGUCCUGGCCUGGGCAUAUCGGACACCAUCCAGCUCCAGAGCAAUAACACUCUGCUAUAUCCCAACGCCGAGCACACCUCCGGUCCGCGUUUUCAACCUGACACCACUACAAAGCUGCACAACAUCAACUGGUACAUCGACGUCUUCUUGCCACGCAUGAAGCAGUACUAUAAAGGCGAGCUGGUCUAUAAGCGAUCCACCAUUGCGAGCGAAGGACAGAAGUACAGCCGCAAAUGGUCCAUCAUCAACGAGAAGGUCUAUGACUUGACGAAUUACUUCUACACUCUCGACCUGGAGAAUCAUCUUCCUGCCUACGAUUUCCUCCCAGCUGAUGUCGUGACGCUCUUCUCCAACAAUCCUGGCGGCGACAUCACAGAGCAAUGGAACAAGAACCUCAACUUCACAACCCGCACGAACAGUCUGAACUGCUUGAACAACAUGUUCUACAUCGGUGGUGUCGACUUCCGUCAGUCCGCCAGAUGUCAAGUGAACAACUAUAUUCUACUUGCCUUCACCAUCAUCUUGUGCGCGGUCAUCCUAACGAAGUUCUUGGCCGCUCUCCAGCUUGGUUCCAAACGAAGACCGUCUCAGCAAGACAAAUUCGUCAUUUGCCAAGUUCCAGCAUAUACCGAAGGUGAAGACUCCCUCCGAAAAGGUCUAGACUCUCUCACUGCGUUGGCCUACGACAACAAGAGGAAGCUCAUUUGCGUUAUCUGCGACGGUAUGAUCGUCGGAGGCGGAAAUGAUCGACCUACUCCAAAGAUCGUCCUGGACAUCCUAGGAGUUGACCCGAAGAUAGAUCCUCCGGCGUUACCAUUCAAGUCCGUAGGUGUCGGAGCCGAACAACUGAAUUAUGGAAAAGUUUAUUCUGGCCUCUACGAAUACGAGGGAAAUGUGGUUCCAUACUUGGUCGUGGUCAAGGUCGGCAAGGAGUCGGAACAGCGCAAGUCGAAGCCCGGAAACCGUGGUAAGCGUGACUCUCAAAUCAUGCUCAUGAGUUUCCUCAACCGCGUACACCACCGCUCGGCGAUGAACCCUCUGGAAUUGGAAAUGUUCCACCAGAUCAACAAUAUCAUUGGUGUCGAUCCGGAGCUGUACGAGUAUCUGUUCAUGGUUGACGCCGAUACGAAGGUCAAGGAGGACUCCCUCAAUAGGCUUGUCGCAGCUUGCGCGAACGAUGCAAAGAUUGCUGGUAUAUGUGGUGAAACGUCCCUGGAGAACGAGGAGCGCUCUUGGUGGACGAUGAUCCAGGUGUACGAGUACUACAUUUCUCACCACUUGGCGAAGGCAUUCGAGAGCUUAUUCGGCAGUGUUACUUGCUUGCCCGGAUGUUUCUGCAUGUAUCGCCUACGCACGGCCGAUAAAGGGCGACCUCUCAUCAUUUCCGACAAGAUUUGCAGAGAGUACGCGGACAGCCAGAUCGACACUUUGCAUAAGAAGAAUUUGUUGUCUCUUGGUGAAGAUCGUUAUCUGACGACUCUGAUGUGCAAACACUUCCCGUCCAUGUCUUACAAAUUCCUUCCGGACGCGUACGCUCUCACGGAAGCACCGGCUCAAUGGUCCGUCCUCCUCUCACAACGUCGUCGCUGGAUCAAUUCGACCAUCCACAAUCUGGCAGAAAUGAUGCAAGUCGACCUUUGCGGGUUUUGCUGUUUCUCCAUGCGCUUCGUGGUCUUCAUUGAUCUCUUCGGUACAGUCAUCCUGCCAGCGACAUGCGCAUACUUGGUCUACCUCGUCUACACUGUGGCCUCGGGAUCUGGGCAAUUUCCGCUGAUCUCGAUCAUCAUGCUUGCCGCGGUAUACGGUCUCCAAGCCGUCAUCUUCACCAUCAAGAGGCAGUGGCAGCACAUUGGAUGGAUGAUCAUUUACAUCCUGGCCUAUCCAAUCUGGUCAUUCAUCCUUCCAGUGUACUCCUUCUGGAAGCAGGACGAUUUCUCCUGGGGUAACACGCGUGUCGUGGUUGGAGAACGUGGUGACAAGAAAGUUGUGGCUGUCGACGACGAAGGAUACGAUCCACGGAGUAUACCUCUACAGAGAUGGGAUGACUACGCCGUUGCGAACAAUCUUCCGGGUCGUCGCGCGUAUGGCAACGAGAAGGAUACCGGCCUUUACCAAGACGGAGGCUACGAAAUGGACGACAUGCACUCGGUGUAUAGCUCCGCCAAGCCAGCCUCGACUAUCCUUACUGGGUUUCCGCAGCACCAAUCAUUCCGACCGCCACAGUCGCCUGGCCCAUUUAAUGCACUGGGUCGUCAAUCGACGUUCACUCAAAUGACUCGGUACAACGAAAACCCCGCUGGCCAAGAUUCGCAACGCCUGAUGUCCAUGGGAGGCAUGAGCGAUCACCACAACAGCGGCAGUAGGUCGCCGUAUAGCCCUCGUCACCAAUCCCAGGAGAAUCUGAUGGGUGGCAUGCAGUCACCGCCGCUGUACCAAGGCCCUCGUGCACGAUCACCCCUUGGUGGUCCACAGUUCAGCCGACCUGGUUCUACAAACCCAAGUCAGCAUCUCAGCUCGUUGUCAGCCUUCCAAACACAAGGACCCACCAACGAGGCUAUCACGAUGGCCAUUCGCGAGUGCCUAGGUGAAGUUGACAUGGACAGCGUCACCAAGAAGCAACUCAAAGCAUUGGCGGAACAGAAGCUCCAAUGUCAGCUUAUUGGAGAAAAGCGAGCAUUCUUGGAUCACCAGAUUGAUCACGAGCUCGCUAACAUGUAGUACUCCGAUUUAAUCCAAGGGCUGGUCAGACCGAGGAGUGGAAUGGGCUAGAUCUGGAGUUCGUGUCAUACUUUGUGUGGGAGUCACAUAGCAUCUCCGUGGACGAGGCCCCAGGACAAUGUCGCCAGUCAAGACAAUGUCGCCAGAUUGAGGAGGAGCAUUUUAAUGGCGUUCUUGUACAGGAUAUGAUGGGAGUGGGAGUCAAAAAUGUUAAAAGUAUUGGAAAGGCAGAAACACGAUGAUAGCAGUCAGUCGAUCUAUGUUGGGCGUGGGAGAUGCUGCCUAGUCACUGGUGGCUAGCAGGGGAUGUUAAUAUAAUGACAGAUAAGUAUCAAUCAUAUGACACUUGCAAUUUGCACCCAGGG